UGACUUGUUUCUGCACAAAGGUCUCAAGUUAAUUGCUGGCUGAGCAAUCAGGAGGACGCCAUCCAUUUGCUGCUCUAAAGUGUUGCUGCUGGCACAGGGCCGGACCCCAGUAACUGACCAAGACCCAGGUAACUGACCACUUGGCCAUCAGUACAUGAACUUGACUUUAGAUCCCACCACAGAUUCCAUUAUGGGUCGACUUGAUAAGAAAGUCAUCAUCCUGACAGCAGCUGCUCAGGGGAUCGGCCGGGCAGCCGCCAUUGCUUUUGCAAGAGAAGGUGCCAAAGUCAUAGCCACAGAUGUCAAUGAGUCCAAACUGCAGGAACUGGAAAAGUACCCAGGUAUUCAAACGCGGGUCCUUGAUGUCACAAAGAAGAAACAAAUUGAUCAGUUUGCCAAUGAAGUCGAGAGAGUUGAUGUGCUCUUUAAUGUUGCUGGUUUUGUGCAUCAUGGAACCAUCCUGGACUGUGAAGAGAAAGACUGGGACUUCUCAAUGAAUCUCAACGUCCGCAGCAUGUACCUGAUGAUCAAGGCAUUUCUUCCCAAAAUGCUUGCUCAGAAAUCUGGCAACAUUAUCAACAUGUCCUCUGUGGCUUCCAGCAUCAAAGGAGUUGUGAACAGAUGUGUGUACAGCACCACCAAGGCCGCUGUGAUUGGCCUCACGAAGGCGGUGGCUGCAGACUUCAUCCAGCAGGGUAUCAGGUGCAACUGUGUGUGUCCAGGAACGGUCGAUACCCCAUCUCUGCAAGAAAGAAUACAAGCCCGACCAAAUCCUGAAGAGGCACUGAGCGAUUUUCUGAAGAGACAGAAGACUGGAAGGUUUGCAACUGCAGAAGAAAUAGCCCUGCUGUGCGUGUAUUUGGCUUCCGAUGAAUCUGCCUACGUAACAGGUAACCCUGUCAUCAUCGAUGGAGGCUGGAGCCUGUGACUUCAGCCUGUGACUCUCUGGGAGGAGGCCCUACCUAUCCACUGUGAACCUGGUUCUGAAGAAUACUCACCCGUCAUGUCUUUCUUGUUAAUGGCACAGGAAUGAAAACAAGGCCUUCAAAAUGAUGUCAUUGUUCAUGAGUCUGGUUCUUUAAAUAUGUUAAUCGCUCUCUAAUCUCUUCUACAUUCAUUGUAGAUGACAUCAAAGAUAAUGAACUCACUGCAAAUGAGUAGUUUUAAAAAUAAACCUCAAUUUGUAAGCAUAUAAAGUAAAAUGUGAAUAUAAAGAAAAAAGGAAGGUUGUUUUUUUUUAAGAAAAGAUAUUCAUUUCUAUUUUACCUCUUCUCUAUUUCCCAAUAUUCAAAUAUUUUUGUACAGUUCUGCAUUGGUCUGUUUAUGGGUACUAAUUUUAAAAUCUUACGUCUUUAUAAAUGAAUACCAGAGGUAGUGUUAUUAUGAUGGGCAUGCACGCUUAGCGUCAUAUAGUGAAAUGCGUAUAGAUAUGUAACCUUUAACUGACGUAAAGAAAAUUUUGUAACUUGUUUGUACUCUAUGUAUCUUGAUGUCAAUCUGUACUUCGGGGACCCAGACACGCUCCAGCCAAGCGUUACACCUGUUUCUCAAAGAAUGGUUGUGGAAACACUCCAGCCAGGUGUGACCCUGUUUUCCUACUGAACUUUUACCCUGCCAGUUUAUGCUUUGUAGUCCUUGCCAAUAAAAAGCCUUGCGGGACCCUUGGUCUGCACUACAAGCUGCGAGGCUCCCAGAGGGGAGGGAUUCGCUGUAGUCAGCUGGCCAGCUUAAUAAAGGCUCUUAAAUUUAAA